AUGAACAAAGAGAUCAUCCACACGCCUCGUUCAGACCAUUUUCACGUGUGUCUUGUUGAUAAAGACAGAGGACCUCCAUUCUUGUCUGUGCUAGAACUCAGGCUACUGAACAAUGAUACAUACGAAACUCCUUAUGAUUCUCUUAUGCUGAACCGAAGAUGGGAUCUCGGGGCACUCGGAGACCGUCCUGUCAGGUACAAAGAUGAUGUGUAUGAUCGUAUAUGGAAUCCUCUAAAGUUCCCAAAUCAUAGAGUUCUCAGUACAAACCUCACGAUAGAUCCGAAUAAUAACAUUGGAUUCCAGCCAGCUCGUGCCAUCAUGAACACUGCUUCGACACCAAUAUACGCAAGCGUAGACAUAAUCAUCUACUGGAUACCAGAAACCCCUUCGUGGAAGUACUACGUGUACAUGCAUUUCGCUGAUGUUCAAGAGAUUCCAAGCAACGAGACGAGUGAGUUUUCGGUGUUUUGGAAUGAUGAAACUAACCUGUAUGAAAACUUUAGCCCUCGCUUCUUGUAUACAGACACACUUUACACUCAGAGUGCAGUCACUGGGCCGAGCCACGAGUUUCGUCUGCAACGAACUGCUAAUUCCACACUCCCACCAAUCAUCAACGCUGUUGAGACGUAUCGUGUCAACGAGUUUCUUCAGCCACCUACUGAUCAACAAGAUAUUAUGCGAAUCAAGUCCAAGUAUGGUGUGAAUAAGAACUGGCUUGGAGACCCUUGUGCGCCUGUAAAAUAUCCUUGGAGGGAUAUUGACUGCAGCUAUGUCGAUAAUGAGUCUCCGAGAAUCAUUUCCGUACUUGGAGGGAAUGCGGACCUCUGCGUGUCUGCUUCAUGUCAAACUCUGGAUUUGAAGACACAGAAGAGUGCAUAUAUUGUUCCAUUAGUAGCAUCCGUCGUGGGAGUGUUUGGUCUUGUAAUAGCAAUAGCUUUGUUCUUGCUUUACAAGAAGAGACAUCAAAGUGGAUUGCUUGAAAGAAAAAUACUCAUGAGAUCUUUACAGGUGGCUCUGGUGGUGCCAGGAAUGGUCCGUUGGACACAAAAAGUUGUGAAAGUUACAAACAAGUUUGAGAGAGUUCUUGGACACGGAGGCUUUGGAAAAGUGUACCAUGGUGUCUUCAGUGAUGACCAAGUUGCUGUCAAGAUUCUGUCUGAAUCAUCACCUCAGGGUUACAAAUAA